CUCAUAACCUUAAAGUCCUCCCCCUUUAUAAAACAUUUUAAUUGUUCCUCCUAUGCAUUCAUCUCUAUCGACAAAAUACUCUGCAACCUUUCCAUCUUUGUGCGCAUCACAACUCUCUGCUCUUUGGAUUGCUUCCUCUCCUCUCUUCAAAUGGUAACAAGAAACGAGGAUGAAAGAAAACUGGUUCUUUCAAGGCCAUUGUCAAUAGAUGGUGAAUCGGAGGUUGAUUAUCGGGCUCCCAAUCUAAUUAACAGGAUUUUAAGUCUUUUCAAGAACGUACGCCCAGGCUCUGAUCUCGCCCACUUUAAGCUGCCACCUCUAUUCAACUUCCCAAAGUCGCACCUUCAAUGCUAUGGAGAAACAGUGUACUGCAUCCGCAGCGACAUGCUGAGCCGAUGUAACCUGGCUAACAACUCAAUCGACAGAUUCACAUCGGUUGUGGCCUGGAGCAUUUCUACAUUGCGACCUCCAAUAUUUGGGGUUGCCCCUUACAACCCAAUCCUUGGUGAGACUCAUCAUGUCUCCAGGGCAACUUUCAAUGUCCUACUCGAACAGAUUUCUCACCACCCGCCAGUUUCUGCUCUCCAUGCAACUGAUGAGGAACAUAAUAUUGAACUCAUCUGGUGUCAACAAUGUGUGUCUAAGUUCCAUGGUGCUUCGGUAGAAACUGAGGUGCGAGGGAAAAGGCAACUGAAACUCCUGAGUCGAGGAGAAACAUAUGAAAUGAACUCUCCGAACCUCUUGAUAAGAUUUCUUCCAAUGCCUGGUGUUCAUUGGGCCGGAACUGUUAGAAUCAGGUGCCCAGAGAAUGACCUCGAAGCUGAGUUGCGCUGUGGACCCAAGUCUUUUAUUGGGCUUAGAGGAAGUCAUAGAUCAGUUAAAGGAAAGAUCUAUGAAAUAUCAACAGGGAGGACUCUUUUUGAACUUAAUGGCCAUUGGGAUAGAACUGUUACAAUGAAGGACAGCAAUAGUCGAAAGUUGACGGUUCUAUACAAUGCAGAAGAAGUCUUUUCAGAGCUGAAAACUCCUAUUGUUAAUGAUCUGCAGGGAGUGCGAUCGACAGAAUCUGCUGCAGUAUGGAGUGAGCUAAGCCAGGCCAUAAUGAGCCAAGACUGGGAGAAAGCGAAAGAAGCUAAGAAUGCUGUGGAAGAAAAACAAAGGGAGCUCUUGAGAGAAAGACAGUCAAAAGGAGAAACUUGGGUCCCCCAACAUUUCAGUGUCACUUACAGCAAAGAUGGUGGUUGGGACUGUUCACCAACUCGACAAUGGGUUCCACCUGCUCCAAUUGUUGUUCCUAUUUCAUAAGCUAAGAAGCUUAUACUAAACCCCUUCUUUGGGGCUUUUAGAUUAUUAAAAUUCAUAGAACAGAUGGAACCAAACCUACUUUUGAACAACUAAUUAAAUGCUUACAUAUCAUUCAAUCUGAUAAACUCCAAGUUAUAUUUAUUUAAGCAAAGUCAUUCCAUAAUUGAGUUAUGAGUGAGUAAAGGAAUUAGUUACAACUUUCCUGUCUGGAUCGACUCAUAUCCCA